AUGGAUUUCUUCUUUGGAAAAAGGCCCAGUUUGCAUUUUCUCUCCAACUGCACGGUCAUGGCAAACACCAACAUGACCAAGGCGAGGAGUCAGUACAUCGUCCACGAUGUUGAAGAUCCACUGUCCCCGCGGUCACCGCCAACUUUCAGACUGGCUUCCGACAAUGGACAGAUAGUUUCCGAGCAUGAACGGUUAGGCCUGGUCCGUGGCUUGUCGCAGCGACAUGUGCAAAUGAUUGCUAUCGCGGGUGCAAUUGGCACGGGUCUUUUCUUGGGUCUGGGUACUUCUAUUGCUACCGGUGGUCCGCUGGGAGCUCUGUUGGGUUAUGCCUUUGUGGGCGUGGUGGUUUGCGCUAUUCAAUUUGCGCUGGGUGAAGUCGCCGCCUUAAUGCCGGUGACGGGUUCUUUUGUGCGCCAUGCAGAGCUUCUUGUGAACCCUGCGCUUGUGCCAAGUGAGAUCUCCGCCAGUGUGGUUUUGAUUCAGUAUUGGACGGAUAUCAGCGCCGCCGUGUGGGUGACGAUCCUGAUCGUCGUCUCCGUGGUGGUAGCCAUCUCCUUGGUCCGAAUCUAUGGCGAAAUUGAAUUCAUACUCGCCAUCUUGAAGAUUCUCCUGGUCGAGUUUGUGGUCAUUCUGGGCCUGGUCAUUGACCUUGGUGGAGUGCCGGGUGUACCACGACGAGGAUUCCACUUCUGGAAAGACCCCGGUCCUUUUGUUGAGUACAUUGCGACGGGCUCUUGGGGCCGCUUCUUGGGUUUCUGGGCUGUCAUGACCAAUGCAGUCUACUCAUUCACCGGCGUGGAAUCUUUGGCCAUGGCCGCUGCUGAGACCAAGAACCCACGUCAGAAUAUCCCCAAGGCUUGCAAGCGGGUGUUUGCUCGAGUGUCCAUUUUCUAUCUUGCAGCCGUCCUCAUCGUCGGGAUGUUGGUGUCGAGUGCUGACCCCCGUCUCGGAGAUGACUCCGGUACUGCAGCCACGAGUCCUUUUGUUCUCGCCGCCAGCGAUGCCGGUAUCAAGGUCAUUCCGUCAAUCGUGAACGCUGUCUGUUUGACUUCUGCUUGCGCCAUGAAUGUCUUCUGGUGGUUUGUGGACUUGACCGCUGCGGGUACUUUGGUUUCCUGGAUUGCCAUAGCGCUGAACCACAUUCGCCUGUUGCAAGCUCUGAAGAAGCAAGGCAUUUCACCUGAUCAACUGCCGUGGCAUAAUCCUAUAACUAAUACUAGCUGGUUCGCCUUGAUCUCUUGCAUCGUCAUUCUACUCACUGGAGGUUUCGCGGUUUUCACAGACGGCCACUGGGAUGUAGCCACUUUCGUUUCAUCAUAUUUGGAUAUCCCGCUGGUGCUUCUAGCAUACGGAGGCUAUAAGCUGAUUCGUCGGACCAAGAUCAUCCCUCUCGAUGAGGCCCUAUUCAGCAGGCGAUCCAAGAAGCCAACGAUGACCCUGAUAAUGUCCCAAUUGAGAGGGACAGCCUGUUGGCAAAGAAUUAAUAUCUUCUGGGGUUGA